GGAAGGGUAUUUUCGCACUUAGAGAAGAACCUGAGAGGAACCUGUCUCUUUUCUGUGCCAAGCGUUUCCCCUCACGUGACGGGAGCCGUACGCCCUCUACAUUAUCGUAGGAGAAACUUCCACAGGGACACAAGGAGCAUGGGUGCCUUUACCUCAGGCGCUGAUAUCUUCCUAGGUCUCUGGGGGAUGUAUGUGUCUCCAAGAAGCCCUGGAUGGAUGGACUUUAUCCAACAUUUGGGAGUGUGCUCUUUCGUUGCUCUCAUUUCAGUGGGCCUCUUUUCCAUGGCCUUUUCUGGGUGUCUGUCCACAUUCAUAGCCUUUAGCUCCUCCUGGAUGGUCACUUGUGUUCUGCUUUGCUGCUCCAAGCAUGCACGAUGUUUCGUUCUCCUCUUCUUCCUUUCCUGUGGCCUGAGGGAGGGCAGGAAUGCUUUGAUUGCAGCUGGCACAGGGAUAGUAAUCUUAGGACAUGUGGAAAAUAUUUUUCAUAACUUCAAAGGUCUCCUGGACAGUAUGACUUGCAACCUAAGGGCCAAGAGCUUUUCCAUACAUUUUCCACUUUUGAAAAAAUAUAUUGAAGCCAUUCAGUGGAUUUAUGGCCUUGCCACUCACCUAAGUCUAUUUGAUGACCUUAUUUCUUGGAACCAGACUCUGGCAGUCUCUCUUUUCAGUCCCAGCCAAGCCCUGGAGGCACAGCUAAAUGACACCAAAGGCCAAGUCCUGGGUGUCUUGUACCAGAUGGUGACGGCAACAGAGGUAUUGUCCUCCCUGGGACGGCAGCUCCUUGCCCUAGCAGGGCUUUUGCUGGUGCUACUUGGCACUGGCCUCUUCAUGAAGCGAUUUUUGGACCCUUGUGGUUGGAAGUUUGAAAAUAUCUUCAUCACUAAACAAUUUGUUCGGUUCGAUGAAAUGGAGAGGCAACUACAGAGGCCCUGUGUCCUCCCACUGAAUAAGAAGGAAAGGAAGAAACACGUUGUCAUCCCAUCUUUCUGGCCGUCUCCUAAAGAGAGGAAGAACCUGGGGCUGUUUUUCCUCCCCAUUCUUACCCACCUCUACAUCUGGGUGCUGUUUGCAGCCAUAGAUUAUCUUCUGUAUCAGCUCAUUUUCUCAGUGGGCAAACAUUUCCAAGGCUUGCCAGGGCUGGAGGUCCACCUGAAACUGCACAGAGAGGAGCAAGGUACUCAAGACAUCAUACAUGACUCUUCCUUUAACAUAUCUCUGUUUGAACCCACCUGCAUCCCCGAGCCAAAGCUCCUUCUGUCUAAGACCUGGGUUCCUCUCAGCAUUAUUCUUGUGAUACUAGUGGUGCUGGGACUGCUGUCCUCCAUCCUGACGCAGCUUAAAAUCCUGGUGUCCGCGUCCUUCUACCCCACCGUGCAGACGGAGCGCGUCCGGCACCUGCAUGUGAAGCUCCUGAAGAAGAGAGCAAAGCAGGCACUGGGAGGAGGAAACAGUAAACAGAAUCUCUACUUUACAAAGGCAAGGCAAGCCAAGAUGGCGAUGUAAUCUGUAAUGAAGGAGACUUUGGGUUUGAAGGGCCAGUGGACUUGCAAAGCACUCUUCAAUUUCAUGUUAGGGUUCACACCCCUAGCAAUAGAUAGGACACCAGGGGGAGAAAAUUAAUAGAUAUGUGUGGCUAAGGCUCUUCGCUUCGUGCUUUUGAGUGGGCCAGAUGGGUCUGCAAGAUAUUUCUCAA